GCUGCUGGGCGGGGAGCUCGCUCAGCCGCCCGCCUCGCCUUGGGCUCAGCAUUCACUCUAGCAAGCGGCGUGUACAGCCGGCUCCCUGGGCUCCCGGAGUCCCGCUUGCUCCCAGAGCACUCCAGCAGUCUCGUUUUGCUCUUGCCCGGCUCGACGGCGACAUGGGUGUCCCCACGGUCCCAGAGGCCAGCAGCCGCCCGCGCUGGAGAACCCUGCUCCUCGCUAUUUUCCUGGCUGCAUCCAGAGGUCUGGUAGCCGCCUUCAGGGUCGCCACUCCAUAUUCUCUCUAUGUGUGUCCCGAGGGUCAGAACGCCACCCUCACCUGCAGGAUUCUGGGCCCCGUGUCCAAAGGGCACGAUGUGACCGUCUACAAGACAUGGUACCUCAGCUCACGAGGCGAGGUCCAGAUGUGCAAAGAACACCGGCCCAUACGCAACUUGACAUCACAGCACCUUCAUCAGCACCACGGAGGCCACCUGGAAGCCAACGCCAGCCAUGACCAACCCCAGAAGCAUGGGCUGGAGUUAGCUUCUGACCACCAUGGUAACUUCUCUAUCACCCUGCACAACGUGACCCUGAGGGACAGUGGCCUCUACUGCUGCCUGGUGAUAGAAUUCAAGCACCACCACCCAGAACAACGGUUCUACGGGUCCAUGGAGCUACAGGUACAGGCAGGCAAAGGCUCGGGGUCCACAUGCACGGCGUCUAAUGAGCAGGACAGCGACAGCAUCACGGCUGCGGCCCUGGCCACCGGCGCCUGCAUCGUGGGAAUCCUCUGCCUCCCCCUUAUCCUGCUGCUGGUCUAUAAGCAGAGGCAGGUGGUCUCUCACCGCCGUGCCCAGGAGCUGGUGAGGAUGGACAGCGGCAACACCCAAGGGAUCGAAAACCCAGGCUACGAGACCACUCCACCCUACCAGGGGAUGCCGGAGGCCAAGACCAGGCCUCCACUGUCCUAUGUGGCCCAGCGGCAACCUUCCGAGUCAGGGCGGUACCUACUCUCUGACCCCAGCACACCUCUGUCGCCUCCAGGCCCUGGGGAUGUCUUUUUCCCAUCCCUAGAUCCGGUCCCUGACUCCCCUAACUCUGAAGCCAUCUAAACCAGCUGGGGGACCAUGGACCAUGGUACCUGGGUCAGGGACAGGGGAACUUGAUCUAUGGCUGGCCCUCGGACAGUCUUUUAGGCACUGACUCCAGCUUCCUCGCUCCUGCUCUGAGCCUAGACUCUGCUUUUACAAGAUGCACAGACCCUCCCCUAUCUCUUUCAGACGCUACUUGGGGGGCAGGGAGAAGAUGCUGGAUUUUGCUCAUUGCUGUUCUCAGGAUCUCGGGAUGCCGAGUUCUCCCUAGAGACUGGACUUCGCCAGCCACAGAUGUCAAAUGGCCUGCAUCCUACGAACGUCUGGCUUGGCAAUGAGCCUUUCUUCAUGGAAACCAGUAGCCCGGAGGGGAUGAGGUGGGCACCUUGCCACCCUCCCGGGCGAGAGACACAGAUGUGGGAGACUCCUGGCCACUGUGGGGGUGUGGCUGGCCUGUUUGUUUACCUGAGGAUGUUCCUCUGUUGGCCUGACUAUCCUCCCCUGGAUUCUGGAGCCUGGCCGGCUUAUGUCCCACAAGAGGAACAUCUCAGCAGCCAUCCACCUGCAACCUGAGGGUCUGCCAGCUUCAUGGCUCUGGGCUCUCAUUGCCUGCGUGGCUGUCCACAGGGCUCAGUGGCCAGAGGCUUUGAAACAGGAAGUAUAUGUCAGAUUCAGGAACCACUGUGAGCUCACUAGCGUCUUGAGCAAUGUGAGGCCUGGACCGGCGGACAUGGAGGGAGGGUGGCAAGAGGAUGAUGGGGACGAUGAGAGAGGGGAGACACGCUCCCUUCCUGUCCUUGUCAUAUCCGCCACGCCCACUAUUCAGUGUGCAGCAAUGGCAAAGGUGAUUGACCUCCACAAUGUCUUAAUGAUGCUGGGCCACUUCUAAGUGUGGAAGAGAUGCUAUUAAAAGCAGUAUGUGGCGAUGGCUGCAAACA